GGAGCCGCUCCUGCCGCCGCCGCCGCCGCCUCCUCAUUCAUCCUCGUGCACCAUAGGCGGCACAGGCACCAAGAUGUCCAACCGAGUGGUCUGCCGGGAAGCCAGUCACGCCGGGAGCUGGUACACAGCCUCAGGACCGCAACUGAAUGCACAGCUAGAAGGUUGGCUUUCACAAGUACAGUCCACAAAAAGACCUGCUAGAGCCAUUAUUGCACCCCAUGCAGGGUAUACGUACUGUGGGUCUUGUGCUGCUCAUGCUUACAAACAAGUGGAUCCAUCUAUUACCCGGAGAAUUUUCAUCCUUGGGCCUUCUCAUCAUGUGCCCCUUUCUCGAUGUGCACUUUCCAGUGUGGAUAUAUAUAGGACACCUCUGUAUGACCUUCGUAUUGACCAAAAGAUUUACGGAGAACUGUGGAAGACAGGAAUGUUUGAACGAAUGUCUCUGCAGACAGAUGAAGAUGAACACAGUAUUGAAAUGCAUUUGCCUUAUACAGCUAAAGCCAUGGAAAGCCAUAAGGAUGAGUUUACCAUUAUUCCUGUAUUGGUUGGAGCUCUGAGUGAGUCAAAAGAACAGGAAUUCGGAAAACUCUUCAGUAAAUAUCUAGCAGAUCCUAGUAAUCUCUUUGUGGUUUCUUCUGAUUUCUGCCAUUGGGGUCAAAGGUUCCGUUACAGUUACUAUGAUGAAUCCCAGGGGGAGAUUUAUAGAUCCAUUGAACAUCUAGAUAAAAUGGGUAUGAGUAUUAUAGAACAAUUAGACCCUGUAUCUUUUAGCAAUUACUUGAAGAAAUACCAUAAUACUAUAUGUGGAAGACAUCCCAUUGGGGUGUUAUUAAAUGCUAUCACAGAGCUGCAGAAGAAUGGAAUGAAUAUGAGCUUUUCCUUUUUGAAUUAUGCCCAGUCAAGCCAGUGUCGAAACUGGCAAGACAGUUCAGUGAGUUAUGCAGCUGGAGCACUCACGGUUCACUGAAGCUCUGAAUCCUCAGGGAUGCCACCUGCACAUACUCAUACUCUGUCCAGGGUCCCAGCCUAACCCUUACCAAGAUACUGGUCCUGGUUUGGGGGGAUUCUGAAACCUCAAACUAAUAGAACUUUCUUCUCUUCUUUUCUAGUAGGUGUAGUCCUUCCUUAAUUUCAACUCAUUAAAAAAAUGCUUUAUAGUUUAGAGCAGUGGAAGGAAGGCUGGCAUCAAAAUAUUUUGAUCAAAAAAAAAAAAAGGCAAUGUAAAGGCACAGUUGUGGCAGUCAGUUUUUUGAAAGUAACUUGUAAAGCAUUUACCAUAUCCUAAAUUUGCACUCUUUGCAGACUUGUGCACAUAUACUCCGCUUUCAGAAUAGUUUUGCAAAUUGUACACAAACAAACAAAAAGGGUGGAAGCUUUUUAAUAAAGAAAUUGCAUUUAUAAAUGAUCUGUAUUAGAAUAUAAAAAUCUCCAGUUAUAGUCAAUUACUACCCGUGUUGUACAACAGAUACCUUCUAUUUUAGUUGCUAAUAAAGGGCUACACAACUCAAAAUAGUCUGAUUUAAACUUAUUGCUCUGUGGUACAUAUGAAAAUUGUUUUUUAUUAAUUCCAUUUCAGAAUUUUUAUGUUAAAAGUGGUAAACUUUAGCUCUUAUGUAAAAAUAUGUUAGGAUGUAUUUUUAUAUUUUACAUAUUUAUGUGAUUUUUUUAUCACAGAUAUUAGAAUCAUAUUUUAAAGUUAGCUUUUAAAAUUACAUACAGUUUGCCUUUUUAUGUGUGACAUCACUUUGUGUCAUUACUGUAUUAUAACACAAUAUAAAUUCAAGAUUGGUGAAGAACAUAGGUGUAGUCCUGUAAUUCAGAGAUAGUGCUUGAUAGGCAGUAGUCUGCAAAUGAGGAAAUAUUGAAGAAUGUUCUUAGUGUUUUUCAAAUCAUUGCAGACCAUACACUGCUGCUAUGCUUUUUUAGUGCUUCAAGCAAUUUGACUCUCUUACUUGAAUUUUUAGCAAGAAGUCAUUAACAAUAACAAAAAACCACUGGAUUUUCUUACAGUUCUACAAUUUUUUUUUGUCACGAUUUUUGGUGCGGCUCUUCCAACUAAAAUAAUGGUAUGGUGUUGUAUUUCUUCCUUUAGCAUAGACCAAUCGUAGUCACUUUGGCAAAAAAAAAAAAAGUUAAUUCAAUUAGUUAAUAUUGGCCAUCAUGUAUGUACUAGAUUAUACCUCUUUUAAUAUAACAGUGGGUAUUGUUACAUUGGAGAGCAUUUAUAUCUUCAGUGUUACGCCAGAAUAGCACAAUUUUUAGAUGCCUUGCACCAAUUUUAUUUAAAGAUUUGCAUUUCUUACUUACUAAAUACCAACUUUCUAUACUCAAGAACUGAGAUAAAAUACUGUAAUCUUUUGGAUUCAAAAUUACCCACCUAUCCAUAUGUGGAAAUUAUAUUCUUACAUAUUAGUGAUUUAUUUCCCAUCAUUCAGAUAUACUUUUGAGUACUGUAAAUAUUUAUUCCUUAUUUAUUAUAAAGACUAUAAAAAUUUCAAAAUUGACUACAGAGUAAAUUUUUAAUGUUUUCUGGGUAUAAAAAUAGUACAUGAUUAUUACAGAAAAUUUAGAAAAUGCUGAUAGCUAUAAAGAAGAGAAAAAAAAUUACCUGCAAUCUCACUAUCCAGAGAUAUACUGUUAAUAUUUUUUGUAUUUCCUUUCGAUCUUUGUCUAUGCUAUUUAUAUGUAUGAGUGUGUAUAUGUGUUUGUGUGUGUGCGUAAUAACAAAAUUGAGAUUAUGCUGAUCAUAUAGUUGUAUAUCCUACUUUUUAUAACUUACCAUCAUAAGUACUUCCCCAUGUCUUUGAAAAUGUGAUUUUUAAAAAUGGCUGCCUAAUACUCUAUUGUAUGAAUACAACAUAAUUUAACCAGUUCUCUCUUUGGAUAUUAGAUUGUUUCUAAUGUUUGACAAUUAUAAAUAAUAGUGGGAUGGACAUCUUUGUAUGUGAAAUUUGAAUUCUAUAUUAGACUAGUUCUUUAGGAUAUAUUCAUGGGAAUGGGAUAAUUGGUUUAGAUGGUGAGAACUUUUUAAGCUCUUUAAAAUAUGACCAAGUUACCCUUCAGAAAGAUUGUACCAAAUUAGCAGUUUACGAGUACUCAUCAUACUGCCGCUUUUCCACUAUUAUUUUUUCUAAUCGUUGACAAUUUGGUAAGCAAAUAAUUGGUUGUUCUUUUGAUCAUUCUAUUAAGAGUGGCUUUAUAAUGAAUUAUUUUUUUCCCUUCUGUAAUUUUAUAGUUAAUUGAUUAAUAAAAAACACAAGAGGGUUGGUAGGUUGAGUGGGCUAUAGCCCUCUGAGUAUGUUUACUGUACAUUUAAAUCUCCAAAGUACUUCAACAUCACUUUACUUUAUCCUGGAAUAUGAGCUAUCUUUCUUAGUCAUAAAGUAGAAAGAGUUCCAAACUGAUAGUUAAGUGUUGGGUUCUGGAUCUGCCUCUGCCACUAAUUAUUUGUCUCACCAUAAAUAUUUCAUGUUGUAUCAAAACUUUAACUGUAAAAUGUAGAGGUGAUCUUUUAAGCACUUUCUGGUUUCAGAGUACUUUGAUCUUGUGACUUUGCUCUUUAGAGAUUCUAAUGUCAUUUAUAUUUAAAAAACUACAUGGUUGAAUUGGAUUAGAAGUAUUAUCUUUUGAUUUCAACUCUACAUACAUGAAAACGAAAGUCCUUUUUUUAAUACAAAAGGGAAAUUAAUUUGCAUUACUUAAUGCAGUUAAUAUUACCUAAAUUGUUGAACUUAAGCUUUCCUGCUUUAAGUGCCUUUAAAAGUGUUUUUAUUUGAAAUAUAAAAUGUAAAGGAAAUUUUAUGUAGUUCUAUACAGUUUCUUUUUUUGAUAUACUUUUGAAUUAUUUGCAGCAACUUUUUUUUAAACCUUAGAUUGCACAGAGCAGUAUAUUCAUGGAUUCUUCACUAUUCGGGUAAUGAGUCCUUGAGAAAUGUAUGUUAAAGAUUAGCUCAGUGAGCAGGUAAGUAAAUGCUCUCUGUCUUGGGUGGGCAACAAAUCUUUAUACAGAGUAGGGAUAAAGGAUUAUUCAGAUUCCAGUGUUUAGAUAGUCCAAUGGAGAUAGUAGGUGUCCUGAGUUAGUUAAUGGUUAUUAUUGCAGAUCUCAAAUUUUUCUUUGGUAGCAAAUAAUUCAUUAUCGUAGAUUAGAGGUUGGUAAAUGUUUUGUGUGAAGGGCCACAUAAUAAAUAUUUUAGGUUUUUCAGGCCAUCUAGUCUCUUCACAACUAUUCACUUUUGCCAUUGUAACACAAACGCAGCCAUAGACAAUGUGUAAAUGAGUCAUUGUGGCUGUGCUUCACUCACACUUUAUUUACACAAAAAGAUGGUGAACUAGAUUUGGUCCAUAGGCCAUAGUUUGCUGUCCUAGAUGGUAUAGUUCACUUGUAGUUCAAAUUACUGGCUAGUAAUUUAAACUGCAACAAAUGGUUUUGAGUUUCUGUCAUUCCAGCCCUCUCUUAAUUUGAUGUAGUCUAGCUGGCUGGGUUUGAAUGUUAUUUAGGAUUAUAAAGGUAAGUGGGAAGUGGGUAUGGGAAACUAGAAACUAUUAGGGAAAAAAGCACUUUGAAGCCCUUUUAUUUGCUAGAGCCCAUUAGGAGUUUUGCUGCCAUAAUUAAUCAAAAGAGUGAUGAGUGGAGGUUGUGAUUGGUGGUUGCAGAUUAUAUAAAUUAUUCUUAAGCACUUGGCUACCUAGAUGAUAGAGGGUGGAACAGAUAAGAGAAAUUGUGAAAUGUGAGACUUUAUUUUGCCAUAUAAAGAAAGACUGUUGGAAAAAUAACUACCAUCUUCCAUCACCAUCACUUUGUUUAAGACCCCCUCAAAUUCCUCCCAUAUUUAGGGAGGACAUAAACUUAGAAUAAAAGAGAGUUAUUUAAGUUGAAUGACUUUAAGUUGAUGGAAAAAUUACUCCACUGUUCUUUUCUCAUCUACUUUGUAUCACUGAAAAUUUCAUCAAGGAGUAGUAUCAGUCCACAGACUGGCAGUUGGAAAGUGCUGUGAUACAGUUGCUGAAAGACCUAAUAUAGUUAUAAAAUUAUUAUUGAUUAGGAGAUGUAGUAAACCACAUGCACUCUGAUAUUCAGACUAAAACUUUUAUAUUAUUGUGUUAAAUUGUAAGUGCCACAUAUCAAAAGUGACAUUGUGAAGUAUAGUGUUCAUAGGGAGGCAGACUGUUGAAAGUCUUGAGUGGGAUGCAAAGAAAUUGGUGAUACUUAUUUUGGAGAAAAUAAGUUUAAAGAGAGGAGUUUUCUUCAGAUAUUUGAGUGACUGCCAUGUGUAAGAAGGAAUAGAAUUGUUCUGUCUUGUUCUAGGUGGAAAAAUUAAUUAUAAGAAAUGGAAGUUUCUGGUUCCACAUUUAAGGAGAAUUAUGUGUAUGAGAAUUUCUACAUGAAAGUCAGCUCUGUCCUCAUAAAAUCAUUGGAAGUAUUCACGCAAAAGCUAGAUCAGUGGUUCUCAAAGUAGGAGCCUUAUACUAUCAGCAUCAGCACCACCACUGGGGUAUAUUACCUGUGUAGACCUGAAAUUAUGGAUCACCAAGCUGAAAAAAAGCUAAUGGAAUUAGUACAAAUAAAAUGGAACUUAUUUCAUUUGUAUAAAACUGUUAAGGGAAAUCAUUUUUAAAUAAAAACUGAUUUUGAUCAUUUAACACUAACUUUCAACAGAGAUUAUAAAUUGACGAUUGUUACUUAAUUGUUAGUGAAAGUGACUUAGCUUUCCUAAAUCUAAAACAGAGCUAUAUCAGUAGCAGAAAAGGGUAUUGAGGGAGCUUGCUCUUUUUAUAUUAUAUUAUUUUAAUGUCAAAAUAUUGGGAGGGGAACCAAGAGCAGCUGGCAGAUAAGUUUUCUCUGCCCUUUUCCUCUUUUCCUAUGCUGUAAAUACGACCAAGUGGCAUGUCACAGUAUUACAUUGACCAUGCUAUAUACAUUUGGUAAAAGUAAUGCUGGUAACUGGAACUUCUGCCUUUGUAACGUCGUUGUUGUGUAUGGAGUUUGUUUGCCUAUCCUAAGUUUAUUGAUAUGUUCUGUUUUUUGGGCCCUCUGUGAAGAACCGUAGAGUUUUAGAUUUGUCAUUUGUUCAAGGGUUUUCCAGUGGUCACAGAGUGGUUUGUACCCGGGGCAUAUCACAUUUACAGUGUUUGUUUGUAUUUAAUUCUAAUGCAAGGUUUUGGCCAUCACCCUAGAAAAAUAAUGGAAAAAAUUUAAAGCCAGUUCUCCUGAUUUUGAAAGCCAUAUAAUGCAAUUGGUUUUUCAUUAUAAAUUGUACACUAUUUUUAAAUGUAUAUUUCAUACUGUAUAAAGUGAGGUUUGUAACUUUACUAGAUGCAGUCCUAUUUUUUUCCUAUCAGCCUAAUAAGGAAACCAAAGAGAAUGUUAUUAAGUUAUUCAAGGCCAAGUGUAUUCAGCUAUGAGUAAGACCUUAGUUCUGGUCUUUAAGUCUGCCAAUGUAAACUUUGGAAAAUAUUUUAAUUUUUCUGACCACAAUAUUCUCUGAAUUACUUACUGAAUGUGAUAUCAUAUACAUUUAAGUAAAAAGUAUUAAAGCAAGAUGAAAACUAAGAAAAUUAGAAUGACAUGUGAAUGACAUCAUAUAAAUGACAAGACUGAGUUUUGUGAGUUUUAAAAUUAAAUACCUAGACUGUUGAACUAGAUUUAAUAAAAUAUUUUUACCUUAAUAAUUUUAUAAAUGGAAAUUCUUUUCUAAGAAGUUUUUUUUUCCAUUUAAAAUUUACCCAUUUGAAUCUAGCACAUAAGAGACUUCAAUUGGUAUUUGUUCAAUUUUGAUGAAUUGAAUUUUAAAGCAAGGAGAACAAAAGACAAUCUUUAUAUGAAGUGUUUUCUAAAGGACAGGAAAACAAACCUUUUAACUGGAAGCAAUUUUUAAUUGGCUUUUUCCAUUUUCAGUUUUUGAUUGUGGAAACCAGCUUCCUUAUUAAUUUUAAAAGAUGCUAGAAUUUAAUAUUCCUAGGCUCUAUGUAAUGCCAAAUGAAUGAUAAUAUAAGUGAUCUGGUAAAUUUGAAACCAUUGGCCCAUGAUUCUUAGCUCAUAUUUUAUAAUAUCCUAUGGUGUUUACUGUUAUUUAAAAGUGUUACAGAGUUUUUAAAACAGUUAAUUAAAAUGUGUUUUAGCUGUUUGUCCAAUGACAUGUCUAGCCAACUCUCAAGUAAAAAGAUGUUAUGGGGUGCUAGAAGCUUUGCACUGGAAUCCAUUUUCAGCUUUGCCAGUGAGUUGCUACUGAUUUGCUGGAACAAAUCACUGGUCUUUCCUAGAGCAGAGUUUAUCUCUUUAUUAAUGUGUGUUAGAAGUGAAUAGUAUGACUCCUAAGGGCCUUUCCACCUUUGACUUUUUAUGAUGAUAAUAAAAAUACCUUAUUAUUUAAUAUAUUGUACUUUUAACAUAUUGUAAUUUAAAAAAUAUGUUUCACAACUUUUUCUUUUCUCUUAAUCUCAACAAUAAGUAGGCCAGACGUUACUGUAUUUUUACUGAUAGAGACUCCGAGGCCCAUACAAAUAACAUGACUUAUAUAAGUUCACAUGGCAAGUUAGUAUGAAGAGCUAGCAAGAAUUCAGCUCUUCUAAUUUUUAGUCCUGUGUGUUACAAAUGCUAUACCAUAUUAUUAUUCUGUGUUUUGUUUUUGGUGCUGGCUCUUUGAGAUAUCGUAUUGAAUUCAAAUAGUAAUGGGUUUGCGCAACUUUAGUGAAAAUGGGAAUAAUUCAUAUAAACAUCUACUUUGAUUAAUUCAGGCAAAAAUAGAUUUUUUUUUGGUGGAUUAAAAUACUCCUAAUAACUGCAGACUUCUGUUCUCUUUGCUGGGAGGUUUACUUUUAGACCUCAAAAUUCUGUGCUAUUACUUGCAUCAUUAAAAAGGCACUGCUUCUUUGUAAUGAGACUGUGACAAAAAAUGAAUUAAAGUUUUGUGAUUUCUGAUGGUGAGACUUUGCAGAAGACACUCUCACCAUUCCAGUUCAUGCAUUAACGUGUCCUGCAAGCACCUGCGACUCUGCCUUGGAUUUUCUCACCUGCACGCAGGGCAGACUGGAAGUGCUAGGAAGAUAAUCCUCUGGGAGCAUCCCUCAGCCAGUGAUAGAUGGGAAUUGGAGAAUAAAUAUUCCAGCUUCCUUGCCCUUCUGGUAAUAUUUUGAGGCAUGUUUCAUGUUGUUUCCUAGAGUUUCCAGUGGGGCUGGACCUCAUUGCCUACAACAGGAGACUGUUAAAUAUGCAUUCUUUAUUUUCUUCCUCUUCUUCUCUGUCUCACUUCUCAUUCCUUUAACAAUGUUUUCUGACAUUACCUCCCAAAUGAGAUUCUUGUCUUUGAAUCCUGUCUCAGAGUCUGUUUCUGGGGUAAACUAAAACAUGUUUGAUUUGGGAGAUAAGUUAUUACUAGUGUUCUUGUUAGAUAUGAAAGAUUUUUUUUUAAGGCAAUUAUUUUGAACAAGAUCUAAAACAAGUAUUUUAAUAUUCUGAUUCUUUAAUUAGUCUCAUAAUCACAUCCAUGUUCAAAUUAAUUUCCUUAACUUCAUUUCCUAACAAAGGAAAGAUUCAAGGUAAAACUCUUAAGUAGAAAUUCAGGGUAAAUAUCUUAUGUGGAAAUCUUUCUACCAUAUCCUUUUGUCCUUCUAAAAAAAAUUAUGGCCUGAUUUUCCAAAUGCUUUAUAAGGACACAGUGGGUUAUCUAUUUUGGUAGAAAUUGAAUUAACAUGGAAUUUGGUUCAGCCAACAUUAUAGAUUAUUUUCUACUUGAAUCCAGCCUUCUCAUCUCUUAUCAGGACCUGCUUAUUCACAAUCCAUGACCAGGAUUAGCCUUGCCGAACAUUGAUUGUAAGGAUAAAUUUAGUUCCUGGCUAAUUUCCCCAAAGAUUGUUCUGUGGUCCUUGUUAACUCAAAACUUUUUUUGAUUUAUUAAAGAUUAAGAAUAUGGAGUUUUAAAGUUGAAUAAGUGCUAUGUUAAAUUCAGUGUAUUAUAAGUACAUCUUUUGUAGUUCUUUGAUACCUUUUUUUUGAACUAGAAAUAAUGAUUUUUAUAUGUUUUUAAAAAAUUGAUGUGGGAGAUUUAUAUUCAUUUUAGGCAUAUGUUAGUUAUCAGUCUUCUUUUUUUUCCAUGUAAAAAUUGUGUUUGUGUGUCUGAAAUGUAUUCUCUAUUGAUUUGGUUUAUACGAUGGAACAUGCAUGAAUUUAACCAAGUUUAUAGUUCUAUUUGUAGGCCCAUCCUAAGAUUAGCACGCACAGAUAUUUUUCCAUAGGAGAAACAAAACAUUUAAAGAAUGUAUUUUAAUUAGUUAUCCUUAUUGUAAAGUAACAUCUUUAAACAUUUGUAUUUUUUUAAAGCAAAAAUACCAGGGAGUGUAUACAGAGUAUCUUCCCUCAGUGCAGUUGCCUUGUGGUAACUUCACAUUCUGCCAUGUUCUUUUGAAUAUAUGACAGGGCGUUUAUUGACCUUUGAGGUUACAUUUGUCUGUUAGAAAUGUUCAAAGGUCAGCUGGGUGAUUAAAUUGGAUAAUAUGGUCUAGGGGGAAAAUAGUUACAAAGGAGUAAGUCUGACUUUCUCCUGGGACACAUCAAACUGGUCUAAAGUGGAAACUCUCUCCUCAGAAUCUCUGCAGUGGCAUAUUGGAAAAAGCGUAUAGUCUAUUAAAGUAACUAUUCAUUUGUAAUGUAAGUUCUGUUAUUUCAAAAACAUUAAUCUUGUUAUUUUUUAGACAUGUUACUUCCCAACAACUAACUAAUUUAUUAUCAAAUCCAGUCAAGACUUUUGGCAUUUCAAAUAUCUCAACAUGAUAGAUUGAAAAUUUGGAGUAAGAACCAGAGAUGAUUUUUAAAAUGUGUCAAGAAGACUGUCCCAUUUCCUGAACACUAAAUAUUUUCUGUAAGGAAUGUUAGAUCAAAAAUGUGAAAUAUCUUUUUACAGUCUUUACUGGAAGCUGAUUCUUUGUGCUAAAUGUGAACAAUCUCAAGAUAACUUGAUGUAAAACAAGCUUGAAAAAUUGUCUCUUUUCAAAAGUUCACAUAUUUUCCAUCACCAGUAGGCCACUUAUGCAAUACAUCUGUACAUAUAAAUAUUCAAGUACAACCUGGACUUUUAAGGUUUAAAAAGUGCUCCCUGCCUACAUUAAUGUUAAGUACUUGUAUUUAACAAUGUUAUAUUUCUGGAUGUUUGUUAAUUUGAUGAAUCUUAUAGUGUUAGUCUGUUCCUGAAAGUUCUACUUGGUACAGUUGUCAGAGAAAAUUAACUUGGAUGAAACAAUGAUGCAUGUUCUAAUAGUUAAAGUAUUUUAAAGUUUCUAUUUAAAAAGUAGAUCUCCAUAAUUGCCACAGAUAAUUUUGUAAUUUCUGGUUCUUAUUGUUUUUGUAUUAGGAAAAUAUUGUACCUUGCAGUGCUUGAUUUACAUUUUUUGCUGUUUGAAAAAUCUUCACAUUUAUUGUCUCAACAGAAGUAAUUUUUACUAAAUGUUUACAUUAUUGAAUGAGGGAAGUUGAACCAAUUGUUAGUACUAAAACAGGUCUAAAUUUAGGUCUAGUGUUUUGCAUCAGGUUUGUGAUUGAAUAUCUGAAGGAUAUCAGUUUCCACUCAGGUAUUUACAUUAGAAUUGAUAUUGGAUUCAAAAUUGCUUGAUUGUAAUUUACAUUUUAAGUGUAAUGUAGAGGUUUUGCAUUAUUAGUGUUGUUUUAAAUUUCUACCUUCAUUUAGGCUUGUUUAUAAAAUGAAGAUUAAACAAAUUUUUAGCUAAUAGAAAUUUAGGUAAAUGUACAGUAUUUAAAUAUUAGUAGUUUAUUACUUGAAAGGAACUUUUGUUCCUUUCGUUCAGUGUGCGAUAACAGCUUUUAUGUGGUACAACUACAUUUCCUUUUUUUUUUCAUUGAAAUUUUACCUCUUUAACUGAAGUUAUGUCUGUCUAUAAUAGCUUCAGGUUUCUGUAACCAACUCAUAGAUGAUUGAAGUUACUCUUGAUAUAAAAUGAAUUAUAAAAAUUAUUUUUAGCAAAGUUUUAUAGUAAUUUUAAUACCACAUGGUAGCAAAAAGCUAUCUGGUUAGAAUCUUUAGCUUUUCUUGUUAGUUUCUAUCCUAUUAUUUUCCCCUCCUUAAAAAAAAAAAAAUUCUACAUUGCCAGUACCUUCUCUACAAUUUUAGGAAAACUACAUAUUUGAAAGUGGAGUUAUUUUCACUGAAUUUUAGUCUUUCUGCCCAACAUGAGCAGCACUGUGAUAGGGAGCUAUACUUUACUUCUCUCUCUUAUAACAGAGUUUGCAGCACUUAAUAUUCUUAAAAAAUAAACCUUUACCAAAUUUUGUACUUAUUUGCAGAUCAGCCUAGGAACACCCUCAAGAAAACAACAACGGAUUGUGUAGCAAAAUAGAGAUGCUGAGUUUACUGAGCAUGGGGAUUUGAUCAUGUUCACUGAAGAAUAAUAGUCUUUCAAAUAAAGAUAAUGAGGUUUAUAUAAUAAAUGGAAAAUAAUAUGAAUAGUCAAAAUAUUGUUUAAAAAAUUUAAACCCUUUUUAAGGGAAACUAAAUUGGUUAUUCCUAGGAGUAUCUUUCAUGUAUUUGGGAACUAAAGCAGUAAAUGCCAAGUUUUAUCUGUUUCUCUCCCCCCUUUUAGUUAAUUGAUACAAGUAAUUCAACAGUAGUAUUACUGGUUUAAUUCUAUAAUGCUUGUUAUCUCCUAACGUUUAAAAAGACAUUGCCUCAGUCCCUAAAGUAAUCUACAGAUUCAACACAAUCACUAUCACAAUCCCAGCUGCCCUUUUUUGUAGAUUUUGACAAGUUGAUCCUAAAACUUAUAUGGAAAGGCAAGGGACCUCAAAUAGCCAAAACAAUCUUGAAAAAGAAGAACAAAACUAGAAGACUCACAUUUCCUGAUUUCAAAACUUACUACAAAGUUACAGUAAUCAAGACAGGGAGGUACUGGCAUGAAGAUAGACAUAUAGAUCAAUGGAAUAGAACUGAGGGUCUAAAAGUAAAUCCUCAUGUAUGAUCAGUUGAUUUUCAAGAAGAGUGUAAAGAUAAUUCAAUGGGGAAAGAAUAGUCUUUUCAACAAAUGGUGCUGGGACAACUAGAUAUCCACAUGCAACAAAUGGAAAAAAAAGACAAACGACUUCAUCAAAAUUUAAAACUUUUUUACAUCAAAGGACAUCAUCAAGAAAAUAACCCACAGAAUGGGAGAAAAUUUUGCAAUCCCAUAUCUGGAAAGGGACUUGUAUUUUAUAUAUAUAAAUAACUCACAACUCAAUAAUAAAAUGAAGCCCAAUUUAAAAAUGGGCAAAGGAUCUGAAUAGACAUUUCUCCAGGGAACUUGUACAAAUGGCCAAUAAGCAAAGAUGCUUACCAUCAUUAGACAUCAGGGAAAUAAAUGCAAAUCAAAACCACAAUGAGAUACUACUUCACACUGGGCUGGCUAUAAUAAAAAAGACAGAUAAUAUGUGGGCAAAGAUGUGGAGAAAUUGGAGGCUUUGUGCAUUGCUGGUGGGAAUAUAAUAUGGUGCAGCCCCUUUGGAAGAUAGUCUGGCAGUCCCUUAGAAAUCUAAACAGAGAGGUUAUCUUAUGGUUGACCCAGCAGUGCUACUCCUACCUACAUACCCAAGAGAAAUGAAAACGUGCCUGUACAAAAAGUUAUACAUGAAUGUCCAUAGCAGUAUUAUUCAUAUAAAACCCAAAAAGUAGAAAUCAACUGCUGAAUGGAUAAAAUGUAGUAUAUUCAUACAAUGGAAUAUUAUUGGGCAAUGGAAAGGAAUGAAAGACUGAUACUCUCUACAACAUGGAUGAACCUUGAAAACAUCAUGCUAAGUGAAAAAAGCCAAUUAUAAAAGACCAAUUACGUGACUCCAUUUAUAUUAAAUAUCCAGAAUAGGCAAAUCUUUAGAGACAGAGAGACGAAGGAGAUGAUAACUAAAGAGCACAGGUGGCACUUCCCUGGUGGCGCAGUGGUUAAGAAUCUGCCUGCCAAUGCAGGGGACAUGGGUUCGAGCCCUGGUCUGGGAAGAUCUCACAUGCUGUGGAGCAACAGCCUGUGCUGUAGAGCCUAUGAGCCACAGCUACUGAGCCCACGUGCCGCAACUACUGAAGCCUGUGCACCUAGAGCCUGUGCUCCACAACAAAAGAAGCCACCUCAAUGAGAAGCCCGCACACCGCAAUGAAGAACAGCCCCCACUAGACGAACUAGAGAAAGCCCACAUGCAGCAAUGAAGACCCAAUGCAGCCAAAAAAAAAAAAAAAAAAUGCACAGGUGUUCUUUUAUGGGGUGAUAAAAUUGAUUUUGGUGAUGGUUGCAUAAGUCUGUGAAUAUGCUAAAAACCAUUGAACUGUUUGAUUUAAAUUGAUGAUCUGUAUGGUAUGCGAAUAAAGCUGCUAAUGUUAAUAAAGCUAUUGGAAGAAAAAAAAAGACAUUACCUCUAAGAUAAAAGAUGACGAUGUGAAGAAAGAUACUGAUCUGUAUCCAUCCUUCUUUUCUCUUUAUUGUAUUUUUUUUUUCCUGUAUAUUGAAAACAACGACGACAACAGCCUACUUUUGUAGUCCUGAAGAGGCUGCUUUUACCUGGGAGAAACUUUUUCAAGAUAGCUCACAACCUGUGGCUUCUGGUAGUAGGUAAUCUAUUCAUUCUCUUGUAUCCUUAGCCAUGACUUUUUUUUUCAUUUUUCCCUACAAUUCAUUUUUUUUUUAACAUCUUUAUUGGAAUAUAAUUGCUUUACAGUGGUGUGUUAGUUUCUGCUUUAUAACAAAGUGAAUCAGCUAUACAUAUACAUAUAUCCCCAUAUCUCUUCCCUCUUGCGUCUCCCACCCUCCCUGUCCCACCCCUCUAGGUGGUCACAAAGCACCGAGCUGUUCGCCCUGUGCUAUGCGGCUGCUUCCCACUAGUUAUCGGUUUUACAUUUGAUAGUGCAUAUAUGUCCAUACCACUAUCUCACUUUGUCCCAGCUUACCCUUCCCCCUGCCUGUGUCCUCAAGUCCAUUCUCUAGUAGGUCUGCAUCUUUAUUACUGUCCUGCUCCUAGGUUCUUCAUGACCUUUUUUUUUUUUUUUUUAGAUUCCGUAUAUAUGUGUUAGCAUACUGUAUUUGUUUUUCUCUUUCUGACUUACUUCACUCUGUAUGACAGUCUCUAGGUCUAUCCACCUCACUACAGAUAACUCCCUUCAUUUCUUUUUAUGGCUCAGUAAUAUUCCAUUGUAUAUGUGUGCCACAUCUUCUUUAUCCAUUCAUCUGUCGACGGACACUUAGGUUGCUUCCAUGUCCUGGUUUUUAAUGGAGAGUGGAACUCAGGAGAUAAUACCCAGCAGCCCCAUGUUUGUGUGCAGGAAUGGUGUUAGGCAUGUUCUCUAACUGUACUUGUGGUCUCAGAUGCUUUUUUGUGGUCCCCUCCAAGGACCUUUCCAUCCCUCCCACCCCCCAAAAAAGACCCCACGAGCAACGACCCCCUUCUUGCCCCUUUUCCCUCACUCCUUUUCUGUUUCUCCCUCUUCCUUCAAUGAAACACAUCAAGGAAAAUAGGACCCUGUAAGUAUGCAAUUGCUGUAUUUCAUAUUCUUAAUUAGCACUCAUAUAUUUAGCAUUAUCUCCUAACAGGCAGUCUUACCAUUAGUCAUGCUCCUUUAGUUCAUUGUCCUUCUAAAUAUUAGUGUUAGUUUGGGUAGCCUUUAAGUGUAUUUAAUAUAAGGAAAAGGGUGAAGGGAAGAAAUAACCACUUAUAAAGUUACUGGGUUUCAUUGCUAAUGGUAAAUAAUGUUUUAAUCUUUUGCCAAAUGAAAAACACCUUUUAAAAUGAAAGGAAAAAAAUCAUUUUAUGCAAAUGUUUGUAAACAUGUAUGUAAAUAUGUUGUUUUCUUACAAAAAUCAUUAAUAAAAAUGGAUUUUUAGUUU